GACCUGGCUCCUCUGUGACAGUGGCCAGAGCACAGCAGCAGGAGGGUCGCAGACACGAAGGCUGAGUCUCCAGGCGCGCCGCCCAGCGCUCACACAGAGUCCUUACCCCGCAGCUAAAGGAGGGCCGAGGGCUUUGGUUGCAGCGACUUUGGCUUCCCAGAGGGGUAGCCCGGGUCAAGAUGCGGCGGAGCCACCGUCCAAGCUCGACCGCAUCCUCUCACAAUCUCACCGCCAACUUCUUCAGCGAGAACAGCAACAGUUCCCACAGCGCGACUUCUGAGGACAGCAAUGGCCAGGGGUCCCCUGGGCCGGAGCUCGGGGAGUCCGAGGGCAGAAUGUCCCGGGGCUCCAGCUGUGGUGAGCCCGCCUUAAGCCCUGGAGUGCUCCGAGGAAACACACGGGCGCCUCGGAGCCACAACGGGCAGACCGUUUUGUGCGCCGCAACUGUGAGGGGCGGGGCUUCGGAACCAUCUGGAUCUUCUGUAGUCUUGGAGGAACAACUCAGCCUUCUCCCGAUCCUGGAUCUGAGGCAGGAGAUGCCUCCCCCACGGGUGUCCAAGAGCUUCCUGAGCCUCCUCUUUAAGGUACUAAGUGUGUUAUUAUCCCUGGCAGUGGACGGGCUAGUCUGUGUGUACAGGGAAAUCUGCUCCAUCCGCUUCCUGUUCACAGCCUUGUCACUCAUGAGCAUCUUUCUGGCAGCACUCUGGUGGGGGCUCCUGUACCUGAUCCCACCUUUGGAGAAUGAACCUAAGGAGAUGCUGACUCUAAGCCAAUACCACCACCGUGUGCACUCCCAGCACCAGCAACUGCAGCAGCUCCAGAUAGAACUAAAUAAACUCCGCAAGGAAGUGUCCAGUAUUCGUGCAGCCCACAGUGAGAGUGUGGCGAAGUUCGUAUUCCAGAAGCUGAAUGAGGACUUCGUACGCAAACCGGACUAUGCAUUGAGCUCUGUGGGAGCCUCCAUCGACCUGGAGAAGACAUCCAAUGACUACGAGGACAGGAACACUGCUUACUUCUGGAACCGCUGGAGCUUCUGGAGCUAUGCCCGCCCACCCUCUGUCAUAUUGGAGCCAGAUGUAUUCCCUGGAAACUGCUGGGCUUUUGAAGGUGACCAAGGCCAGGUGGUGAUCCGACUGCCAGGUCAUGUGCAUUUAAGUGACAUCACCCUGCAGCAUCCUCCACCCGCAGUGGCACACACCGGAGGCGCCAGCAGUGCACCUCGGGACUUUGCAGUCUUUGGCCUCCAAGCCGAUGACAAGACUGAAGUGUUCUUGGGAAAAUUCAUCUUUGAUGUGCAGAAAUCUGAAAUCCAGACUUUCCACCUCCAGAAUGACCCUCCAUCUGCCUUCCCCAAGGUGAAGAUUCAGAUUCUAAGCAACUGGGGCCAUCCACGCUUCACAUGCUUAUAUCGAGUCCGUGCCCAUGGUGUGCGGACCUCAGAAUGGACAGAUGAUAAUGCCACAGAGGUCACAGGGGGACCCCAUUAAAAAUGCUGAUGGUUGGAGUAGACUCGA